GUUCACCUCUAGCGGGAGCAAGCAUGCUCGGAGGCAGUCCAAGUAGUCCACCAACAGCACUGCUGCCCCCAUUUCCCACUACAGCGCCGUUCUUUCCCUUAGUAGCUUGGCCACCUAAUAUGGCUCUAGCGGUUCCUCCCUUACUCUCUGCUAACAAAGGUCCUCCGUUUCUAUUCCCGCCUCCGCCACCGAGACAACUAGCACCAAACCAUCCGCCUAUCAGUUUUCAAGAAGCAAGUGGUGGUGGAACAAAAGAUGAAUCAAGAUCAAGAAGAAGCCCUACUACUGGUUCUAGUCCAGGACCAGGAGACAGCAUGCAGCAAAAAGCAGCCACGAGAACGAUCUCUGAAACCGUGACUCAUCCGAAUGGGACUACUGUGACAAGGAUCGUCACAGAGGUAGCCAAUGCGACAACCGGAGAACUACGGCGCGUUUUUGAAUCGGUCAACAGACCACAAAUUCAAAUGCUGGCGCAACAGCUCCCUCAACAAGAGCAACGUAGUCGUGGCGCUGUUGGUUCGAUGCCUGCAGUCGGACCGAACGCGAUGACGGCAGUUGGUGGCAUUGGUACUAGUGGUAGUACGAGUUCUGCUUCUGCUUCUGCUUGUUAUGAGAAGGUGGGAAGAAAUCCUAGUACUAGCAGUGGUAGUACUAGCUACGUUGCUCCCGUUCCUCCUGUUCUGCGCUUAGCGGAGAGACUUGAGGAGUACCAGGAGAAUUCUCUUAAUAAGGGAUCCUCUGGUUCCAGGAGUAGUGAUAUCGAGGAGGGAGAAGCACUGAAACUGGCAUGGAGACCACAUAAAAUAAGGGAUCUUCCUCACGACCUCGAAAAAAAACGACAUCACAAGCCAGCACCAAUUGAGCAUCGAGUAUCAUCAGGACAACAUCAGAACAAGCAACGGUCCACUAAGAACAUUUCAGCAAUGGACCCAGAAGACGUCGAUUCUAUGAAAUGGAAGUAUCAAAACUACCACAAUACAACUAGAGUCGACUUUGGGCUUGGAACACAGAGUGAAGGCCACAUAUGUAAGAUACCAAAGCAGGCUGACCGUGUAAAGAGACAAUCACGACAAGAACAUGAGCAAGGCCAUGCUACAAGAGGAUCUCGACAUCAGCAGUAUGUGCCAACAACGCCAACGUUUCAAGCCUAUUUAUCCCGAACGCAGUUUGAUUUUUCGCAGUAUCUUGGUAGUGGCGCUACGAUUCCGCGAAAAUCGUACAGAUACAUCGAUGCUUUGAUUAAGAGACGAGGUUUAUAUUCUCUAGUUGUAGCAGGUGGUCGUAGAAUUACAUUUACAUCGAUGCGUUGAUUAAGAUUUUGAGGCUGUGUAUUGUCUCAUAGUAGAAAGAUAAGAGUUCGUCUCGUACGUGUCAACAAAAAAGUCAGUGACCUGCUACAACUAGUUGAUAGUGUCUAGGUGGUACUAGUUGUAGCAGGUCACUGACUUUUUUGUUGACACGACUCUUGACAACUUACUAUUUCUGUGCUCUCUGCAUCUGCUCUAACUUAUGGAUGAUGGAAGCAGAAGCCGAAGCGGGGUGUGUUCCCAUGAGGACCAACGUAAGACAAGGAAAAAUGAAAGCCAGUUCCGUGAUUCCUAGCUGUCCGGGGCCUCCGUGGCCUGCGAAGGACAUGAAGGUCGUGGGAAGGAGCAGAGCGUCUUUCGAUCAUUCGGGAUCGGGAAUACCAACAAUUAUGGCUUAAUAUACAUAGAUUUUUCUUUUGGAGAUAAUGAAGUACAUAGAUUUUUCUUUUGAAGUACUUUUUAGUGUCGAUUUGAAACUGUUAUAUGGUAGUGGUACUGACUAGCAGCGUCACUCCUCAGUCUUAACCUUCGCAAGAGCAUCAAGCAAGUGGUGAAAUCUUCUCUCAGUCUUAUAUAAAAACUUACUGCGACGUGUGCGUGUGCGUCCAUUAUACAGAGCUCUAAAAUGAGACUCGAGCUUGUCCAGGAUUGUGAGAUUACACGUUAUCCUGACCACAGGAGACGGCCACCUGUAGAAAAGGUGACUGCAGCUGAUGAGACGCCAAAAGAAGAGGAACAACGACAAGAAGUAGAUUCUCUCUUUUUAAACGACCCUUGGAUGAAUCCGGGAAAAGCCCCUUCAUCUAUGACAGGACAAGUAGUAGAGGUAGCAGGACCAGUACAGGUAGCAGGACCAGUACAGGUAGCGUUUGACAGGGCCACGACGUCCACAACAUCAUCUUCUGGGGCUACAGGACAAGAAGCUAGGGCAUCAAUCUGUGUAGGAGAUGAUAAGAGAUUCAUAGCUGCAUCACAGAGUAGACUCAUAGCCAAGGAGACGGAAGCAAAAACUCCAUCAUCUGGUUCGGGAGAUACUACACAUGCACCUACACCUAAGAGAAAAACAUUAUGGUCAGAUCUCUCUGUAGAAGACGAAGCUGCUGCUGGGCGCGAGGAGAUAAGCGCCGAUCCUCUUGAUGAUGAGGACACUACAGUUAUGGAGAGGUGUUGUGCCGCAAUGAGUGGACUCAGAUUAGAAGGCGGCGAAGACAUACAACUUGGAGAAGACAACGCAGGCACAGCAUCAGGAGUAUCCUCAACGCAGCAUAGAAGAAGUAAUGAAAUUAUGGCUCAACUUUCAUUGGUCAUUGGAGUUGGUCUCUGACAUCAUUCAAAGAGGAGACCCACUGAGAGGACAGGGCAAAACUAAGGGAAAACAAGGGGAGAGGCAUGGGGCGUUUUUCUUUCAGAAUCAGUGACCACUGACUGCUGGCCUUUAAUAAAACUGCUGUCCUCGUCCCUGUCACAGCUGCCACUGAACAUCAAGAUGAAGAUGGUUGUGAAUCUUCGUUGCCCCUAGGCUUAGUGGCGCAACCUUCGCUAGAGGAGGCACUGGGUCUAGUAGCGCCUUCGCUUGAACAUGCACAUGCAGAGGACAGGGAGACCAAUGUGCAAUUAGAGAAGCCUCCAUGUGCUCAUGCGAAAGCCAAAGAAGCUGCUGAAGCAGCGGAACGGGGACAUCAAAAGGACACGAAAGGCUCGCACCGUGAGGAUCAAUUAAGGCGGAUGAUGGAUUAUAGGAUUUCUUCAUCUGCCACGACUGUUUGAGAAUACAAGAGCUUACCACCUUUUGCUUCGAAUAGAGAAUGCGCAAAACAAAUGGAAAAGGGCUUAUUCGCUCCAGAUUAUUUGGGGCUUUACAUGAGCUAGAACUCAAAUUUACUGCCGCGAUCCUUCACGUAAAAAGCUCUCAGAAUGAUCUUGUUACAUGCCAUUUUCUUCCACGUUUCACAAGAACUAUAUAUCCGCGACUCCACCUUUCACCUUACUUGUUCCACUCACCUUCCUCGGUGCAGCGAUCUGCCUUUCGCUAUUUUUCCUUGAAUCCACUCCUCGUGAAUCCACUUCGGCCUCCUCGUCAAUCCACUUCGGCAAUUUUUACUUUCCCCUACACUUCUAACACCCGUCCGGACCGUACCUACUGGCAGAAAGGCCUCUGAAUGCUUUGCAGCGAUGGGGCUGGUUUCGCACGUCUUCGAUCAGAUAGAGGAUGAGGAAGAGCGUGAGACUUGGCGACGACGGGUGUUUGCGAGAACGAGACAAAUCGUUAUUGGAAUGUCGAGACCGGAAUUUCACUACUUGAUGGUAUGGCAGGACGAAUAGGCUCCUUUUAGUUAGGGGUCCACCACUAUUAUUUGAUGGUAUAAUAAUGGCAGGAAGAAUAGAAGGAAGAAUAAAUAGUGUAGCUACUCUUAAUUAUCACCUACUGAUGUGAUACGUUCCUUGAGUAUGUAUCUUCGCGAUCCUCACCGGCUUCUGCCCCUCAUUCAUCCUUCGACUAUUUUCCCAAUAUCUGUCCGCGUCCACCAAACUGUGUCUACAAUAUGGGACAGAGUAAGCGCGGGUUUGAUAAGGCGCUGGCGUUGUGGCGACGGCGGUUGCACUUCUACGCAGACAACAUCCACGACUUGGAACAUUUAACGGAGAGAGAGUUAUGAUGAUGGGGCUGCAGUCUUAACCUCAUAAAUAGCUCCUCAACAAGACUCAAGGCAACUUGUGCUCCCACUUCAAGUACAGGGUCAAUAGUGAAGCUAGCACUUAUUUAUUUGAUAGACGCUUCUAGUUCUAUUUGCUGGAGACAUAACGAGUUAGAUGCUACGAGAAAAUGCGCCUCUUUGUACUACUCUGUUCGUUGCAAAAGAAGUCCGUCUGUGAUACAUGCGCGCACGAGCUCUCCUCGAUCCCUAUGGCUAUCCUCUAAGGAUCCGUGAAGAGCUCUUUCUAGUCUCCGAGCUACGGCGAGCCGACGCCGAGCGUAAAGACAGGAUGUUGAUGGAGGUUUAGUACUAGAAAACUGUGGAUCUACGUUGUAUCUCGUGAUGAAAUUUGAAUUUGUGAAUCUAAGAUAGCUUACGUAGUGAUUUGAUCGACGUAAAAACUAAUUUCAUUAAGCAUAAAAAAAGAUACGAAAGAAAUCAAUUCAACAGAAAUGUGAACAGAUGUGACAUUUUGCUAUUUCAUUUGUAGCCCGAAGGUACUAAAGAACAUCAGGGCAAUUUUUGCGACUGGCUACUUAGAUGCUAUUGUGUCUUUUUCAUUGAAAAAAACUGAAUGCCGCACAAGUUCGUAGAAGAAAUUUGUCAAAAGAAUUAGAGGAUACAUAGUUGUUGAGCGAUAGUUGUUUGUGAACACUUAGUACUGCGUUUUCUGAGAAUAUAGUUAGAAGUUCUAGCAUGUUGUGAAUUUUCGGUCUAAAAAAACAUGUCUAUAUGAUUUUCGAGAAUAUAGGAGCCUAUAGCUACUUACUGCUCGUAUUCAGUCAAGCCCCUACUACUAACUUACGACAUCAAGAAUCUUUUGUGAAUACCUUUUUGCGAACACCUAACACACGAGUUAGUACUGGAUCGAAGUCGAAUGCAAUCAAUAGUACCGC